GUCCGUGCUACCGCCGCCUCCGGGCUGAUCGUUCCUGAAAUUAAACCGUCUUUUGGCGAGAAUUGUCGUCCGAUUUAGAAUCAGAAAAUGCACAAUGGUUCGUGUUUGCAUUCAGUUUCUGCAAAGGCAAAAUAUGAGCAAGAUGCAUAAUCUUGUUUUUUUUUAGAAACAAAUGGUCUCUCCUGCCCACCGGACUGUGAAAGUGACGGAGCGUUGCAGCCGAUCGCCGAGAUGAUCGAGUCGUUUCCAUGGUGAUUGGACGAUGGAGUCGAUGGCCGAGUAGCGGGGAGGUUAGCAAACGAAGUGAGCGGGGGACGAGCAGGAGGGUGAGUGUCCGCCAUGGUACUGCGAAAGCUGCUGCAGUCGGUGUUGAAUAACGCGCGGCUGAUCGAGAAGCUGUCGGAGUCUAUGCCGAUGCGGCGAGCGGCCCAGAUCACUGUCUAUGUGAUAGCACGGCUCCAGCUGAGAGGCCAGAAUGUGGCCGAGCGACUGAGUCAGUUCAAUGCCCUGCGGCAGCUCCUGGAGAAGGGAGACAUUCCCCGCAACCUCAACAAGAAACUGGCCGAACUGAAAGACGCCAUUGCGAAGGAGCUGAAGGACUCUUUGGGGAAGAAAGGCGAAAAGUGAAAAAUACAUUAAAAACUGGAUUCUCCUCGGAGUUGAUUCUCCGCACUCUCCGACACCUGCUGUGGUGACUGGACCAAAGAGGAAGACUUUGAAAAGUUACCCUAUUUUAAAAGCACCACGGUAAACAUCUGUCCUGGGGAUACUCCAGCUGACAUUUGGGUAAAUUCCCUUUCAGUAUUCAUGGUGGUUGGAUUCCGAUGUAGCGAUACACUGACUUUGAAAUUCUUUUGAAAUGUUAUGAAUGCUUAUUGUCAUCAGCACAAGAUCAGAAUCGUGACACUUUUUCACCAGAUUCAGAUUAAAUAGAUGCCAUCUGACAAUUUUCCUAUGUUGGCCGUAAUUGUGCUGUAACUAUUUGAGAUUCACUUUAAAUGCUGUGCAAAUUCAUUGAUGACAAUGUAAACUGUGCACACAAUUCGUCAGAAAUGUCCUGUGAUAGUCCAAAGAAUUAAAGAAAACAUGUUAAUUGUUAUUUGCCUUAUUACUUGGACAAAUCAUUUUUUAUUUAUAAAGUGGAAACCUUACAUGGUGUCAUUUAUGUUUAAAUAUAUUUUAAAAUAAAGGCAAUGCAGUUCACAGAAAAAUAACCUCAGGCUACACUUGUUCAUGAUAAUGCAUUGAUAUCGGACAUUUCAGGCCUUCUUAAAAUCUGGGUCCCUAAUGAGAGAGCAUUAUUGAGAAAUUAAACUGAAAGAACACAAUCUGGAACUUUUAGUUGUUUUAACAACUUGCAUUCAUAUAGUACCUUAAAUGUCCCACCCAAACCAUGUUGUGGAUUGCUCAACAUAACUUGAGACUGAACCGUGCAAAGAAAUUUUAGAAGUAAUGAUCAAAACUUUUUUUAGGAGUGGCAUUUAAAGUGUGCAAUGUGAGGUUAGAGUGGGAAUUUCAAAGCUUAGACUUUACCAAACCUGCUGAAAUUUUCCAGCACUUUGUUUUUAUUUCAGAACUCCAACAUGCACAAUCAUUUUGUUUUUAUAUGCAACAACAAUGGUGUCUUGAGAUCGGUCCAAAUCAAUUGACCUGUCUUUUUAAAUAUUCUUGCAUGGUAAGUGGGUGUCACUGAUACAGCCAACAUUUAUCUUCCAGCCGAAGUUGUCCUUGGAAGAUUGUUAUG